GCGCUAGCGCAUAGCACAGCAAGCUCCUAUCGAUCACACACACAGGCCAUAAACAAUACAAAUCUCUAUGGAAGGAAGCGUAUCCCACUCACUUCGUUCCUAGUUCAAGUUUACACGAAAAGAGGGACUAAAAGACUCGUAGUUAACCUCAUCGGGAUUCCUAGUUUUCUAACAUGUAUUAGGCCUAACUGAUGUCGAUAAUCUUGCCUGUUGGUGGGCCUACAGCCAAGGAAGGUCGGCAAAAGUACGACGUUCGUGCACAAACUUUCAUGUCAAAGGGUAAAGUUAGUCGAGUACGCCUAAGCACCUACCUCCAUGGCCUGAGCUAGCACAAAGCAACAUAGCGCCACGCGUAUUUGUAUGCUGCAUGAGCAAGACUGAGAAGGGUUGUAUUUUUAGGCAGCACGCCGGAGGUCUAGCGUCAACUUCGACUGCAGAUAUGGCAUGGUCUGUGAACUAAAUCAUACAAAUUACAACAGAUAUGUUGAGGUAUCUUACACAAAAGCUUCGAGCUCAGUCACUAAAUGAAGUGCAGCCAUAUGAACCCAAGACUGACUUAGAAGAUUCCGACAGCAGUACUGACUCGGAAGAAGAGAAUAAAGAAGUAGAGAAGUUGUUCGAAGAUCGAAGAGCAGGCAAUGGGGCCUCCAACACCUCUGGGCCGGUCAUCAUGCCACCCCACUCAGUCAGACAGAGACCAUUAGAGGACAUUGUCAACUGGACAGAGAAGAGUCUGUCAUCAGACAGAGAUAGACACAGCUCAGAGGAGGAGCUAGCUGGAUUAGUCAAACAGACGACACCGGAGAAACGCAAGUGGUCGCAGAUUAGCAAAGGUGGCAACGGAGACGUUUCCGGUUCAAGUGACGAGGAAGUGAAAGAACUCUGUGUAAAACCGAUGCCGCUGAAAUUCAGUGCAUCCCCGCCAAAACACUUAGAAAAACUGUCUAGAAAGCAUUCCGAAGGAAAAGCCGCUGCCAUUUUCGUGGCAAAUGUUGGGCGGGUGGGAGACUUUGUGUCAGCAAGAAAACGCUGUAAGCAUGCUUAUCACCUGAGUGAGCAUACCCAGAUGCCAAACGGCCGCUGCGUCGACUUUGAAAAGAUGCAGCAGAAACAGUAUUUCAGGAAAUUUCCCUUUCAUGGAAGUGGCCCCAGCCUUAGUCAUGCACACGGUGUCAGAGCAGCAAAGCUUGUGCGCAUUAAGGGUAUCAACCUGCACAACAACAGGCUACCUCCUCGACUGCUGUGUGAUCCUGCCGUCUUCUCCUUCAGAUCCCUCAGCACAGUCAACCCUCUCACCCCAGUGGAAGACCCAUCAUCAGUAGCUACCUACUGAUUCCUAGGUGGUCCAGAUAGAAAGGCAUGUGGCGUGCGUGCCAUAUUUCUGACAUUCUGUAGUCAUGUUCAAAAUGCAAGGAGGCUUGGAGGAUUUUGUGCCUUCUGCCAUGCGGUUGUUUAGGCCUUUUCACACCAUUGCUUUGCCUACCCGUGUUCAAAUCAUCAUUGGUCCACAGUGAGCAGAACCGGGUCCAAUUGAACACAUAGUAGGGCAGAUAGGUGAUGUAGUUGGGAAAAUUGUGCCCUUGGUGAUACAAGCAUGGCAUUUGGCACACAGUCAGAGUAUGUCUUAAGAAAAUUAUUUGGCUAUGGCCGUCGCAGGUUUGUCAUGUGACAAAAUAUAGGUAAAAUAACAAGCAAUGG